UAGGAAAGCUCCCUUGGCUUUGUUCUUAGCACCUUGCUCCUGUGUGCCUCAGGAAUGCUGUUGUGUGUAUGCGUCUGGUCUCCGGGAGCUGCAGCAGGUGGGCGUCUGUGACAGCACUAUGAUACUGAUUUACAUUCUCUGUGCGAUGGGAUUCCUGCUCUGUCCAGGUGCUGAUUCUCAGAAUAUCCAGGCUUAUUUCAAUAAGACUGCACACUUACCAUGCCCAUUUACAAACUCUCAAAACCUAAGCUGGAGUGAGCUGGUAGUGUUUUGGCAGAACAAGGAAAAGUUGGUUUUGUAUGAGCUAUACUUAGGCAAAGAGAAAUCUGACAAUGUUAAUCGCAAGUAUAUGGGCCGCACAAGUUUUGACUGGGAGAAUUGGACCCUGAGACUUCACAACGUUCAGAUCAAAGACAAGGGCUCAUAUCAAUGCUUCAUCCAGCACAAAAGGCCUACAGGACUGGUUCUCAUCUACCAGAUGAGUUCUGACUUGUCAGUGCUCGCUAACUUCAGUCAACCUGAAAUUAUGCCAAUGUCUAAUAAAACAGAAAAUUUGUACAUUAAUUUGACCUGCUCAUCCACACAAGGUUACCCAAAACCUAAGAAGAUGAGUUUUUGGCUUACAACUGAGAAUUCAACUAUUGAGUAUGAUGGUGUCAUGCAGAAAUCUCAAGAUAAGGUCACAGAAUUGUACAACGUUUCCAUCAGCUCAUCUCUUUCAUUACCUGAUACUACAAGUAAUAAGACCAUCCUCUGUGUCCUGGAAACUGAAGAACCAGCGAAGAUGCGGCUUUUCUCCUCACCUUUCUAUAUAGCAUCUGAGGACCCCCCUCACCAGGACAACAACGUCUGGAUUGCAGCUGCACUUAUAUCAGUGUUCAUUCCAUGUGUGCUGUUACUUCUGUGGAGGUGCAAGAAGAAGACUCAACACGGUGUCUCUCAUCAAAGUGAAGCCAUCAAUGAUGAUAGAAAAGAGAAUGAACCAACCGAACAAAGAGAGGAAGUCCAUGCCCCUGAAAGAUUUGAUGAAGAAGUCCAGGACGAUGCUAACAGUUCAAAGAUGCCCUCAGACGACAAAAGUGCUACAAGUUUUUGAUUAAAAAGUGAAAUCCAUAGAACUA